AAAUUUUCACUAGUCUAGCACGGCAGUUAUAAACUAGUUGCAUCACAACACAUUUUGAAAUGAGACAUUUCCAAGCAGACGUGUUGGAAGAAGAGGAAUAUGUGCCAUGUCUCAUCAAUUGAAUCUAUAUAAAGUGUUAGAAUCGAGGUAUCAAUUGCUGAAGGACCAAGUCUCGGAUGGCUCAAAGUAUACAGAGAUCAUGACUGACUUAGCACACGCAAAGCUCCUACCAAGGAUAGAGGAACUUUCAGGUGUAGCAAUUGAGGAGGUUGAGACUGAGUUGGAGCAGUAUCUGCUCAUCUUCGAUGGUGAGGAGGAUGCCCUGUCUGAAAUCAUUGAACUGCAGAAGAAGUCUGCCAUUGCUAACACCAAGAAGAAAGAUGAUGAGAUUCUGGAGUGUGUUGUGAAUGUGUGUGGAGAGGAGCCUUACGCAGAGGUUUGGCCUGUAACGAAGGAUGCUUUUUACUCCAGGUCGCAGGAUCAAUUGAAUGAGCUGAUGGAGUUUUACUUUAUUGGACAGACACCAGGCACUGCUGAUAUCUCCACGGGCGAGAAGUUAGUGAUGUUGCAGCAAAUCGUUGGACUACGACCUUUAGAGGAUGACUAAUUGUAUGAGUAUUCGUAUUAACCGGUAUGCUUAGUCAUUUCUCACCCAGAGAGUACUGUAUAAGAGAAUUACUCGUGUAAUGUCACCUAUCAAUAUUGAUGACUUGUACUGUACUGUUUGCUCAUAAUCAGUGUCUACUAUGUCAAUACUUCGAGUUCUGAGAUAUAUACCAUUGUCAUCAUGAUCUUGGCUCUAACAACGGUGGCUACUGUCGGUUAAAUGUCUACACGUAUUCAAACCACACUAGCAUAGCACCUCUAUGCUGAAUUGAAAAAAAAAUGGACGAGUCCGGAGUCGAACCGG